AUGACUCCAGAAAUUUUCGCCGAGAAUCAAACUCGGGUCUUCGAACUGAUUGAGGAGGUCGUCGGGUUAGUACGCCAACAGAGGCAACAACCUCAGCAACCAGUCCAGCAGGAUGUUGCUCCUCUUGAGCAAAGGACUGUAGCGAAAUUCAAGAAAAUGGCUCCUUCGGCUUUUAAAAGCACUACUAGUCCUCAAGAGGCCGAAGCUUGGAUAGAUGAAAUGGAGAAAGCCUUCAGGGCAAUGGAAUGCACUGAUGAAGAGAAGGUUAGAUUUGCCAUCUAUAUGCUUCAGGACCGAGCUCAUCAUUGGUGGAAGUCAGUGGAGCGCACAUUGGCACAUGAGCAUGAGGCAGUUACCUGGCAGAGAUUUUGUACAGCCUUCUACUCCAAGUAUUUCCCCUCUAGUCGCCUGAGGGAGCUAGAGAGGGAAUUUCUCAAUCUGAAUCAAGGAAAUAUGACUGUGGAUGAGUAUGAGGCAGAGUUUGACAGGCUAUCUCGGUUUGCUCCCACCCUCAUCAUGAAAGUAGAGUCCCGGAUGGGGAGAUUUGAAGAAGGAUUGAAGCCUCACUGA